UUCUCUCGGCGAUCAUGUCUGAAACGGCGCCUGCUGUUGCGGUUACGGCCGCGGCCCCUGCUGUAACUUCGAAAGCUCCGGCGAAGAAGGCGAAGAAAGCGGGAGCGGCGAAAGCAGCGCGCAAGGCGGCGGGUCCCAGCGUCACCGAGCUGAUCACUAAGGCGGUGGCCGCUUCCAAGGAGCGCAAAGGGGUGUCUCUGGCUGCCCUGAAGAAAGCCUUGGCCGCUGGGGGCUACGAUGUGGAGAAGAACAACAGCCGCAUCAAGCUGGGUCUGAAGAGCCUGGUGAGCAAAGGUACCCUGGUGCAUACGAAGGGAAUCGGCGCUUCCGGCUCUUUCAAACUCGGCAAGAAAUCGGGCGAAGCGAAAGAGAAAGCGCCCAAAAAGAAAGCGGCUAAGCCUAAGAAGCCGGUGGCCAAGAAGCCCGCGAGUGGCAUCAAGAAGCCCAAGAAGGCAGCGGCGGCGGCCAAGAAGAGUCCGAAGAAACCCAAAAAGCCCGCGGCGGCUAAGAAGGCCACCAAGAGCCCCAAAAAGGCUAAACCGGUCAAGCCCAAGAAAGUCGCCAAAAGCCCGGCCAAAGCGAAGGCUGUGAAGCCGAAGACGGCCAAGACCAAGACCAAGCCUAAGGCGGCCAAAGGGAGGAAGGCGGCGCCCAAGAAGAAGUAAAUCC